AUGAAGACGUGUCAAUGGGUUUUAUCUCAAGCAACAAAUAUCGCAAAGGUCUACGUGGAAGAGAUGGAGAGCUUGGCGUCAUGGUGCAAUGAAAACGGCUUUCACCUGAACAUUGAAGCUCCGAGAAGCAGAAGGGGCUCGCAGCGCGAGCCCGCCAGGCACGAGCCCUCCUCCGGGAUGGCAGGAGCACGCGCCCCGCCUCGCGCCGCCCGCAGCCUGCUGCUGGUUCUGCUGGGGCUGCUGGCCGCCCGCACGCAGGUCACAUCGGCCUCCGGUCACUUCGAGCUGCAGAUCCUGUCCGUGCGGAACGCCAACGGUCAGCUGCAGACGGGCGCCUGCUGCGACGGGCCCCGGGAUCCGCCGGACGUCCGGUGCGCUGCCGGACGCUGCGACACGUACUUCCGGGUCUGCCUGAAGGAGUACCAGCUGAAGGUGUCCCCCGCCGGACCCUGCAGCUUCGGCGCCGCCUCCACGCCGGUGCUGGGCGGGAAUACGUUUUCCUUCACAAAUUCCAAGAGCAACGCGGCCAGGAUGGCGUUGCCCUUCAGCUUUGCGUGGCCGAGGUCGUAUUCGUUGAUCUUGGAAGCCUUGGACUUCAGCAACGACUCCUCCACUGGCAGUGUCGGAGGGGCGGUGAUCGAGAGAGCCUUCCACUCCGGGAUGAUCCACCCCAGCCGACAGUGGCGGAGCCUGGAGCACAACGGCGCCGCGGCCCAGCUCCACUUCCAGGUGCGCCUCAGCUGCGACGAGCACUACUACGGCUUCGGCUGCAACAAGUUCUGCCGGCCGCGCGACGACUUCUUCGGCCACCACGAGUGCGACCACAACGGCAACAAGACGUGCCUGGAGGGCUGGUCGGGGCCGGACUGCAACACGGCGAUGUGCAGACAGGGCUGCAGCACAGAACACGGAUCCUGCAAAGUCCCAGGAGAGUGCAAGUGUCUGUACGGCUGGCAAGGGGACUACUGCGACCAGUGUAUCCCCCAUCCUGGGUGUGUCCACGGCAGCUGUGUGGAGCCUUGGCAGUGUCUCUGUGACACCAACUACGGAGGACAACUGUGCGACAAAGACCUGAACACGUGUCGGACCCGGCAGCCGUGUUUGAAUGGAGGGACCUGCAGCAACACGGGGCCGGACAAAUACCACUGCUCCUGUCCCGAGGGCUUCUCCGGGGUCAGCUGUCAGAUAGCAGAGCACGCCUGCCUGUCCGGCCCCUGUUUGAAUGGAGGAAGCUGCUCAGAGAGCAGUCAGAGUUUCGAGUGCCGCUGUGCCCCCGGAUGGACUGGACCUUACUGCUCGGACAAUGUGGACGAGUGCCUGGGGAACCCCUGCAGUCACGGUGGAACCUGCCAGGACCUGGUUAACGGUUUCAAGUGCACCUGCCCCCCUCAGUGGACAGGAAAGACCUGCCUCAUCGAUGCUAACGAGUGCCAUGAUAACCCCUGUGUCAACGCCAAUUCCUGCAGAAACCUAAUUGGAGCUUACUUCUGUGAAUGCCUCCCUGGUUGGACGGGCCUGAACUGUGAUAUCAACAUCAACGACUGUCAUGACCAGUGUCAGAACGGAGCUGAGUGCAAGGACCUGGUGAGUGGUUACAAGUGCGUGUGCGCUCCAGGUUUCGGAGGGGAACACUGCGAGGAGGACUUGGACGAGUGUGGCAGUGAGCCGUGCCUCAAUGGGGGCCGUUGCCACGACGAGAUAAAUGGCUUCCACUGCCUCUGUCCUCCCGGUUUCUCCGGACAUCACUGUCAGUUGGACAUCGACUACUGCCUGAUCAGCCCCUGCCAAAAUGGGGGUCAGUGUUUCAACGUGGCAACAGACUACGUCUGCAGAUGUCCUGAGGACUACGAGGGAAAGAACUGCUCGCACCUGAAGGACCACUGCCGCACAACACCCUGCAAAGUGAUUGACAGCUGUACGGUGGCAGUGGCAUCCAACAGCACCCCGACGGGGGUGCGUUUGAUUUCGUCUCACGUGUGCGGGGCCCACGGCCGCUGUCUGAGUCACGCCGGGGAUAUCGAUGACUGCAGCUCCGCUCCCUGUCAGAAUCGGGGCAUAUGCCGAGAUCUCAUCAGUGACUUUUACUGUGAAUGUAACAACGGCUGGAAGGGAAAAACCUGUAGUUCAAGGGACAGUCAGUGUGACGAGAGGACGUGUAACAAUGGGGGGACCUGCCACGACGAAGGCAGCGCCUUUAGGUGCCUGUGCGCGGCCGGCUGGGAGGGAUCCAGCUGCAGCGUGGCAAAGAACAGCAGCUGCAUGCCCAACCCCUGCCAGAAUGGAGGAACCUGCGUGGUGGACGGAGUCUCCUUCAGUUGCAUCUGUAAGGAGGGCUGGGAAGGCCAAACCUGCAUCCACAAUACCAAUGACUGCAGUCCUCAUCCGUGUUACAACAGCGGCACCUGUAUUGACGGGGACAACUGGUAUCGGUGUGAAUGCGCUCCUGGAUUUGCCGGCCCCGACUGCAGAAUCAACAUCAAUGAGUGCCAGUCCUCCCCCUGCUCCUUCGGCUCCACCUGCAUCGACCAGAUCAACGCUUACCUCUGCGUCUGCCCUCCGGGAAGAACCGGCCCCCACUGCAAAGAGGUAGCCGGGAGGCCCUGUGUGCACGAGGGAUCGGUAGCUCUGGACGGGAGCAGUUGGUCCGAAGACUGUAACAGGUGCCAGUGUCACGACGGGAUGGCCGUCUGCACAACGCUUUGGUGCAAACCCAAACCCUGCAGCCUCCACAGUAAGACCCACGGCACCGAGUGUCCGGCCGGCGAGGCCUGCGUGGCGGCCCGCGGUGACCGCUGCUUCGUCCGGCCCUGCUCCGGCCGCGGCCAGUGCCGGGGCCCCGCCCACCCGGCGCCGGCCGGUUGCUACCCAGAGAGCGGCUGCGUCAACGUCACCUUCAGCUUCAACAAAGACGUCAUGGCAAAGGGCGUGACGGUGGAGCAGGUUUGUCGUGAGCUCCGAAGCCUCUACGCUGUCCAGAACCUCUCCUCCGACUCGUUACUCGCCAUGACCUGCGAGCCGUCGCUGGGGGCCGACAACGAGAUCCACGUUGCGAUUACGGCGGGCGACAGCGGCCGAGGCCUGGCCGUCGUCAAGGAAACGACGGAGCGGAUCACGGAGGCCGUCGGCAAGCGGAGCGCCAGCAGCAGCAUCGUCCGCGCCAUCGUGGAGCCGAGGAGGUCCCCUCCCAAAGGCUCCUCAGCCUGGCAGGGAGCGGAGCUAGCAGGUCCACGCCCCACGAGAAGGGGGUUCCCCACUGCGGCCGUGCGAAGGUGGAUCGGGCCUCACCACCCUGGCUACAACCCAGGCAAGGGAGUCUAG